GCUCAAAACUGUCCUGAAAUGGAAGAUUACUUUUCAAAUAUAAUAAAAACUUUCAAUGUCUCUCUACAGAUGAGGGCCGGAGCUCUGUAAAUGACGACGCCGUUAGCUGCGGCCACCACCGCUGCUACAGUCCUGAAUUUGGCGAUAGCGAUCAUUUUUCUCCCUCUUCCCGCUAAUGGCCUCGGUGGCUCUUCCACCACCUUGGCCGUCAUGUAUGGCGCCUCUGUCACCGUCUGCGGCAUCGUCGCCGGUCAACCAACCCAGACUCUCCAGUGCUUGACCAACGGGCGUAGCACGCCGGUGAACGUAUAUCCCGGCGUAUCCUUCGACUCCAUCGCCGGCGGGAUCAACCUCCUCUGCGGAGUCCGCUCCGGCGGGUCCUCCCUCCUGUGCUGGAACUCCACCUUCUCACCCAAACGGAUCUACAGGAACUUCACAACGUCACUUUCAACCGUCGUGGUCGGCGACACCCAAAUCUGCGGGUUAACUGACAGGUCGACCCGAAACGCCAUGUGCUGGCGGGACGGGUCGUUUUCGGCGCAGCAACCGAAUGGGUCAUCGGGAUUUCAGUCGAUUUCAUCCGGGUCUGGGUUUUCUUGCGGAUUAUUGAAGUCCUCGAACAGGGUUUCGUGCUGGGGAGAAACCCCCAUAGCCAUAACUCUAGAAAGAGAGUUCCAAAACGAAUCUAUGGCGAGUAUCUACGCAGGCGGAAGAUUUGCUUGUGGGAUGAACACAACCGGCUUUGUAAUCUGCAAAGGAAGCAAUUAUAAUGGUGAAUUAGACGUGCCCUUCAAUUCAGCUUAUGAAUACAGUGGAUUAUCUUUAGGCUUAAACCAUAGCUGCGCAAUUAGGAGAGCAAAUCAAACAAUUGUUUGCUGGGGUGGAAAAGGUACGUUUUUGGAUAGUGUAGUAAAGGGCGUGUUUUUCGAAUCAAUAGUUUCCGGCCCGGAUUUCACUUGUGGGUUGAGAAGAAGCAAUUUCACGGUGGUAUGUUGGGGACCCGGUUGGCGAAACGGAUCAUCUGAUCUCCCUCUUUCCAAGAUUCUUCCAGGUCCAUGUGUUGAGAGUGAUUGUAAUGAUUGUGGUGUUUUCUCAGAUUAUCAAUCCCUCUGUUCUGGUAAUAAAAAAAUCUGUAAACCCUGUGAUCAUAUUCCGAUUUCUUCACCACCACCACCGCCGCCAACUAAUCCCCCGCUGUCAUCUCCGCCAUCGGAUUCGAAAGGGCUUUCGAAGGGUUUAUUGGCUUUUGCUGUGGUCGGAUCAGUUGGGGCAUUUGCAGGAAUAUGUACCAUUAUCUACUGCCUAUGGACAGGUGUUUGUUUUGGGAAGCAGAAAAUCCACAACUCAGUUCAGCCCACUAUCAAUGGCCCUCGCCACUCCUCUAGCGGUCCUGUCUCGAGAUCCUCAACGAUCCGGCGACAAGGAUCUCUGUUGGUGAGGCGUCAAAGGAGCGGAAUGUCAUUCAAACAAGCCGACAUUGCUGAGGAGUUCACAUUCCCCGACCUCGUAGCUGCGACCAAAAACUUCUCCUUGGAGAACAAGAUCGGCGGUGGCAGUUUCGGAAUCGUAUACAAAGGGAAAUUGCGUGACGGGCGAGAGGUGGCAAUCAAGAGAGGUGGACCCGCGACGAAGGUAUUCCAGGAGAAAGAAACCGCGUUUCAAUCAGAACUUUCAUUCUUGUCUAGGCUUCACCACAAACACUUGGUUAGAUUGGUUGGUUUUUGUGAGGAAGGGGAAGAAAGGCUUUUAGUGUAUGAAUACAUGAAGAAUGGAGCUCUUCAUGAUCAUUUACAUGAUAAGAACAAUGUCGAUAAGAGCAGUAGCUUAGUAAAUUCUUGGAAAAUGAGGAUUAAGAUCGCGUUAGACGCGGCACGUGGGAUAGAAUAUCUCCAUAGCUACGCAGUCCCGCCUAUCAUCCACCGUGAUAUCAAGUCAUCAAACAUACUACUCGAUGGGAAUUGGACGGCUAGAGUUUCCGAUUUCGGAUUAUCGUUAAUGGGUCCCGUGGAUAACAGCAGACCAAUGAGCAAAGCCGGGACGGUCGGGUACAUCGACCCGGAGUACUACGGUCUGAAUGUGCUGACCGCAAAGAGUGACGUGUAUGGUCUUGGCAUUGUGUUGUUGGAAUUGUUGACCGGGAAAAGAGCGAUAUUUAAGGGAGAAGGCGGGGAGCCGAUGAGUUUGGUGGACUAUGCUGUGCCACCGAUAAUGGCGGGAGAAGUAAAAAAAAUCUUGGACCCAAGGGUCGGGUUGCCGGAGGAGCCAAACGAGUCGGAUGCGGUUGAACUGGUGGCCUACACCGCUUUGCAUUGUGUGAAUUUGGAAGGGAAAGACAGGCCGUCCAUGAGUGACAUUGUUGCUAAUUUGGAUAGGGCUUUGGCUCUUUGUGGAGAUAGUCAUGGUAGCAUCUCUAGUGGUCUGAUCUCCAUUGUUUCUGAUUGAUGAGAAUUUACCUUAUUAGACUACUUUCACAUUGGUUUAUCUAUAUCUGAUUCUUUCCCCCUUUUGUGUAAUUAUAUUCUUGUAGUGCUGGAAGGAGUAUUAGUUCUAACAGAAUGUGUAGUUAUUCUUUGGACUGCUAGUUUGCUUGUCAGGUUUUUAAUCAA